AUGUUAUUUGAGCGGGGGCCGCGGGCCUCGGCGAUCGCAGAGCAGAGGAUGCAGAAAGCCGCCUACUACGACAACGCGGGGCUCUUCGGGGGCUACACCUACAGCAAGGCCGACGCCUACCCCUACGGCGCGGCCCACCAGCCCUACGGCCAGGCCGGCCUGGACGGCGAGUACCCCGGCUCCGCCUGCUCCGUGCAGGGCUCGGCGCCCGGCCGCGCUCCGGCCCACAAGGGCAGCGAGCUGAGCGGGAGCUGCAUGCGGCCGGGCGGGGGCGGCCCCGGGGGCAGCCAGCCCCCAGGGAUCGGCGAGCAUCAGCCCCCGGCCCUGCCGCCCUCCUCCCCGCCCAACCCCCCUCCCAGUGUGCCCCCUCCGAAAAAAGCCAAGGGGGGCCCCAACUCCUCGGGCUCGGCCAGCGCCACCCUCAGCAAGCAGAUAUUUCCUUGGAUGAAGGAGUCCCGGCAGAACUCCAAGCAGAAAAGCACCUGCGCCCCCCCAGGAGAGAGCUGCGAGGACAAGAGCCCCCCCGGGCCGGCCUCCAAGAGGGUGCGAACAGCCUACACCAGCGCGCAGCUAGUGGAGCUGGAGAAGGAAUUCCACUUCAAUCGCUACCUGUGCCGGCCGCGCCGCGUGGAGAUGGCCAACCUCCUGAACCUGACCGAGCGGCAGAUCAAGAUCUGGUUCCAGAACCGCCGGAUGAAGUACAAAAAGGACCAAAAAGCCAAAGGCAUCAUGCACUCCCCCGUCGGACAGUCCCCGGACCGCAGCCCCCCUCUAAGCGGCCCAAACCACGUCGGCUACUCCAGCCAGCUCCCCGGCGUCAACAGCCUGAGCUACGACGCGCCCUCGCCCACCUCGUUCGCCAAGUCGCAGCAGAGCAUGUACGGGCUGGCCGCCUACACGGCGCCGCUCAGCAGCUGCCUGCCGCAGCAGAAGCGCUACGCGGGCGCGGAGUACGACCCCCACCCCAUGCAGAGCGGCGGCGGCGGCUUCGCCAACCCCAGCCUGCAGGGCAGCCCCGUCUACGUGGGGGGCAACUUCGUGGACUCCAUGCCGGCCUCGGGCCCCAUGUUCAACCUGGGGCACCUGCAGCACCCCUCCUCCGCCAGCGUGGACUACAGCUGCGCCGCCCAGAUCCCCGGCGGCCACCACCACGGACCUUGCGACCCCCACCCCACCUACACGGACCUUUCCUCUCACCACACCUCUCAGGGACGGAUGCAGGAGGCGCCCAAGCUCACGCAUCUGUAG